AUGGCGUUGGGAUCCGGUUUGAUUGCCAGCCUGACGGCGAGCCACGCCCAAACGCGCUUGGAGGCAAACACAAAUCAGACACCACUCUUUCAAGACCCGCGCGGCUGUCUUGAGGCGGACCUCUUGCUGAUUGCGGCUCACAAGGGCAAUCACACCCCAGAUGAUGAGCCGCCAAUAGCGCGCACCAAUAAGAGGUCCAACAAGGUUGACGCCAGCGCCUGGUUUCCGUUCAAGAGCAAGCUGGACCUGGUGGCUUCCCUCUUAAUUGGCCAUACGCGCUCAAUGCUGUCAAGAUCACUCUACAAACGUAUCAGUGCAGUCUGGGAGGUGUGUGGACUCAAACUGCCGGAAUGGGCUGCGGUCCAGGAGUCACGCAAGAGGAUUCGGGAUUUACUAGGGAACAAGUUCAAACAGAUGUUUUUGUUUUUGAUACUCCAUGCUACACACUGA